CAAACGUCGUGUGCGCACGAGAAUCCUAAUCGCAUCACCUUCCGGCGAGCAACGCGCUACCAAACAAACGCCAGCAGUUUGUCGAAACACCCCGAUUGUUUUGAGCGCAAAUAUGCAUCCAGCUACCGUUGCUGGCAAGUCCAGAAACCACGAACACGAUUUUGGUGCGCUGCACGGCGAACGGCCUCCACCCUACAACCCGAACGAUCACUAUGGACACCAGCACAACGAAUAUCAGCAAGGACACCAGCACUGGGGACCAGUUCAUCAAGUUCCGGCCCCUGUGGUCCAACCCCCAACGACCGUGAUUAUAACGCAGCCAUCCCCUGGCGUGCAUCAGCAUUAUUCAGUUUUGAGGGGCCUGCCUCACCACUCGACGACCUCAACCUGUGCGAAUUGCAACCAGGUGGUGUCUACGCGCGUGGUUCACAGGACCAGCUGCAAGACCCAUUGCUGGGCCUUUUGCCUCUUUAUGUUCCUAUGCUGGCCUUGCGUUUGCAUCCCAUACUGCAAGGAUAGCUGCAUGACGGCCAACCACUACUGCACCCGCUGCGACAGUUUCCUGGGAGACUCUUCCAAUUCUUAAUUCGGACACAACAGUUAAUUCAAGACUUUGAGAGUAUUUUUUUAACUUAGUUGAGGUGCAAAAAUGUGAUGCCAUCAAAUAUAAUUUACAGAGACACUGAAAAAGAAAUGUUCUAAUCAGACACAACACACACCAAAUUGGUUAAAUCUGUUUACUUUUGUAAAAUAAAGUUAAACCUGACUGAAAAGCAUGAUUAAAAAUUCUUAGAGAGCCACUUUGGCACUUUAUUCGCUCGCUCGCGCGCGUAUAAAUUUGGCUACACACCUCCGUCAUCGAAGCGGCUGCAGCACUUUGAAGGUGGCACACUCCAAUUGUACUCGAACCCUGGCACUAGGAUCUCCUCCUUCUCGCACAGCUCUCCUGUGUCCUGGAGGUGCGUCCACAAUCUGUGCAUCAUCUCUGGCGUCUGUUUGUGCGUGACCAAGAAGGUGUUGCUGCAGCCGCGGGAACGGUGCUCGGUGUCGAAGCGCGUGUCGUGCUUUCGCUGCGCCUCCACGGCCGCCAGCCACGCGCCAACACUCGUGUCUUCGCUGUUGAAUCGCCGCCACAACUGGUGGUUGUUGGCCAGGAAGGCGACCAGGUCGGACGAGAGCACGUAACCUGACAAAAAUUAGUGUUGAUCAAUUUUUUUAGCAUUGUAAUUUCAAAUUAAUAUUUUACCUCCUCCGUGUGCGUAGGGAAGGUAGCGGUCGCACAGGUCCCAUUUGGUCUCGCGCCACUUUCCAGUGGUUUUCACCCUGGCGUCUCCCCUAAAAAAUCCCCAGUAGAGGGGUGAAGACGCAGUCUGCAGUUCAGUCUUAAGGGCUGACAGUCGGACGAAGGAAUCGUCAUCGCACUUCAGCAAAAAGCGGUAUUUGUAAUGGGAUGAAAUCUGAACAAGUUUGUAAAAUAAACAAAAAAUCC